UUAACCACGACAGACCAGAGGGAGGAUCUGUUGUAGAAUAUACCUACAAUACCACUAUGACGAGCCAGACACCCGAACGCGGACAAUGGACAGGAAAGCUGGACUUCAUCCUGUCCUGUAUAGGUUUCUCAGUUGGCCUUGGAAACAUAUGGAGGUUUCCCUACCUCUGUUACAGAAACGGAGGGGGAGCGUUCAUUAUUCCGUACGUCAUUAUGUUGGUGAUCGCCGGCGUCCCCCUGUACUUCCUGGAGCUCAGUCUGGGCCAGUUUGCCAGCCAGGGACCCGUCACCGUGUGGGGUCUAAGUCCUAUCUUCUAUGGUAUCGGCUGGGCCAUGAUCAUGAUUAGUGCCAUGGUGUGUACGUACUACAACGUCAUCAUCAUGUACUCCGUCUACUACAUGUUUGUCUCCUUCGUGAACCUCGACGACGAGUUACCAUGGCAACGAUGUGGAAAAUCGUGGAACACCGAGAAAUGCCGUGACGAGCCCUACCCAAUGAUGGAAAACAUGAACGAAACUAGCAAGAUUGGUGCCAUGCUAGGUCUGAAGGAGCAGACAUGUAUAACCAACUUACUGACAAAGAUCGGCGACAUGUACAACCAGACUUACACUGCCAUUGCCGACCUUAACUCGACCCAUUUAUCCGAACACACGACUGACUGUGACAUCAAGUUUGCGACACCCAGCGCCGAGUACUGGAACCGAUAUGUAUUACGAGUACACGAGGCGGACGGUAUGGAGGAUAUUGGCGGUGUCAGUCUAAAGAACGUCCUCUGUCUCCUUCUCUGUUGGAUAUUUAUCUACUUCUGUCUGAUGAAAGGCGUCAAAUCCUCGGGAAAGGUGGUGUACUUCACGGCUCUGUUUCCAUACGUUGUGUUGAUCGUACUUCUCAUCCGGGGACUUACCCUGCCAGGAUAUGAAAAGGGUAUCGACUUCUACAUCGUACCUAAAUGGGAAAAACUCUUGGAUCCAAAGGUGUGGGGAGAUGCCGCGACACAGAUAUUCUACUCCUUGGGUGCAGCUUUCGGCGGAAUCCUAACCAUGUCAAGCUACAACAAAUUCAAAAACCACACUCUCAGGGAUGCCUUGAUCAUUUGCUUCGUGAACUGCUCGACUAGUAUUUUUGGCGGGUUUGCUAUCUUCGCUCUCCUUGGUUACAUGUCCCACGUGACCAACGUACCCGUGGAGAAUGUGGCGGACAGCGGACCUGGGCUGGCCUUUAUCGCUUACCCUGAGGGUAUCGCCAAACUACCAUCUCCUCCAAUAUUCGCCUUCCUCUUUUUCUUCAUGAUCUUUACACUUGGGUGUGACAGCCAGUUUGCUAUGAUGGAAACCGUCAUAAGCGGGUUCUCGGAUGUGUUCCCUAACCAACUCCGGAAGAGGAAGGCUCUCUUUACGUUCUUCUGCUGUAUGGUUGGAUUUGUCCUUGGAAUUCCACAAACUACGAAGGGCGGGAUAUACAUCCUGACGUUGGUGGACUGGUAUUCCGGAAGUUACAACCUCAUGAUAAUCAGCUUCUUUGAGAUUGUGGCGGUGUGUUAUGUUUAUGGAAUAAACAACUUCCGGCGCGACAUCGAGAUGAUGAUCGGUAAACAGAGUAUUAUAGUCUGGGCUUACUUCUACGCCACCUGGUGUUUCAUUACACCCGCCGCCAUCAUGUUCAUUGUAAUAAUGAUGGCCAUAAACUACUCACCCGCCUACCUAGGAGAUUACAACUUCCCUGGCUUCGCCGAGGCUAUGGGCUGGCUCAUGGUUGUUACGCCCCUUCUGCUGGUAGUAGUGGGAGCAGUGGUCCAGUCUAUCAGGAUGGGCGGGGUAGUAAAAGCCCUGAAGCCCAGAGCAGACUGGGGUCCAGCUCUGGACGAGAACCGGCUACCCCCAAGGUACGCACCUAUAAACACCGGAGGGUUCGAUGACAUUGGUUACAACCCCAAAAAAGGACAGGUGUUCGUCGUCAACAAGGGACAGGACAAUAACGGCUACAAGGGGGAGAAAAUGUAA